AUGUUGUAAUAAGUAACAAAAUUUUUGAAAUAAAUAGAUAUAUAUGGUCAAAGCGUUUAAUUGAGCUUUCAAAAAAAGAACUCAUUCAACACUGUUUUUGGCGGAUUUAUCAGCUUUACUGUUUUAUGCAGCUUUUUAGUCGGCUGUUGGUUUUUUGGUAAGGAAUUAUAUUUCAAAGAGAAUCCUUAAGUUAUUAUGCAAGAAAGAUCUGUAAAUAGCCCUAAAAGAGUAGAUGUAAGACCAGAUAAUUUAAUUAUUAUGAUGGGGAUUUCAGAUAAUAAUUCUAAUUUCUUUAAUGAUCCUACUAUAUUUUCUGUAAACGCUGUUUAGCUUACUCAAAUCUCUGUGAAAGAUCCUACUACUGGCUAACAAACAAUUCAAUUAGUGAAUAAUCCAAAAACGAUUAAGUAAUGCAGCAUGAGGGAUGUUUAAAUACCAGACUUAGUUGAUUUUUUUUAGAAUCUAAAUUAUACAGCUUUGUAUUGCUUUGAUUCUUAAAAGAAUGAAGUCUAUUUUGAAGGUGAUUUCAAUUAAAAACAAUUUUCUUAACUUUUUGUUUAUUUUUAGAAGUGUCAAAAUUCUACUUCUAGUUAAAUUAUUUGCAAAUCUUAAGAAGAAAUAGAUAAAUCUCUACUCCUAACAAAGCUAAGUAUAUUCAUAUCAGAUCAUAUAAUUGACCCUUUAAAUUUUGAAAACCCUGUCUCUAACAAAGCUAAUACCCUUUAUUCAUCUACUUCAUCCUAGUUUCCAUAGGAAGCUAGUCUGUUUUUAACUAAUUAUUAUAUAGAUACAGACGCAGGAGUUUUUUAUUAAUAAAUGAAGGAAUAAUAAACAUUUGCAUUUGCAUCAUAUGAAGUAGCUCCUUUAUUUGGUGAUCCUAAUGUUUUAAUGAAAAUUAAUAUAAGGCUCUAAAAGUUAAAAGAAAACUACAUGAAAAGAUAAUAUCUAAAACUUGCAGAUGUUGUGGCUUAAAUAGGAGGAUUACUUAAAAUACUAAUAAUCAUAGGUGCGUUGUUCUCAGAUCCCUUUUAAAAGCUUUAAUAUUUUAAAGCUGUCAUAGAUGAAAUUUAUUAAUUUCAAAGUUCAAAUAAUAAUGUGAGAUUGAUACCAAAAAAAUAAUAAUAAUACUCAAUAGAUUAAUAAAAUGAAGAAAAUCGUGUUAGUAUGAAGAUAUUAAAAAAGGACUUAAAAUUAAAAAAAAAGGAUCAAUUAAAACUAUUCGAAUAUAUGCCUAAACCUACAAUAAAUGAUGAGUCUAUUUAAAAAGACAUAAACACCCUACAGAAUGACAGCUUUAGCGUUUAAACUAAUCAAUAAUAAAAACAUAAAAAGUUUAGUUAAACAUAAAACAUAUCAAUGAAUAAUAAGAAACAAAUAAAAAAGCUAAAGUAAAUUUAGUAAGAAUUAAAGCAUAAAGAUGAAAGUGAUAUGGCUAAAGAAGCUUAUGAAGGUCUCUGUAAUAUAUUGAAUAAAAAAAAAAUUUCAAAGAUUGAUGAAAAUUUAGUAAAAUUUAUUGAUGCUGAGUUUUUACAGCAAAUCUUGUGUUCCAAGUAAAGUUAAUAACAGGAAGAGAAUGAAUAAUCUAAUAUAUCUCAAAUGCUAAAUAGCAGAUCAUUUUCAAUUUAAAACAUGCAAGUAAGUUUUAAAAAGGAGAUUGACUUUUAAAAUCAUUCCACAGGAAAAAAUCAAUCUAAAUUCUUUAAAAAAAAUAGCAUUAAUUAAUUUACCAACUAAUAAUCUUAUUUCCUUGAUUCACCUAAAAAUGAGAGACAAAACUAUACUUAAAUUUAAAAUGAAAUUUUGGAAGAUACUUAAAACUUACAAGAUUUAACUUCUUCAAAUUUUAUUAAUUACAAUGAUUCUUCAUACAUUCCAAAUAUAUAAACUAUAAAAAAAAAUGAUAACCUGAAAUUUAUUGUUCCAAAUAAAGAAAAUUAAUCAAGAUGA